GAGCAAACAACUGCUUUUAAUGAUUCGCAAAUUGCUUAACGGGAUUUCCAAAUUUAAAUAGAAAGGGUAUCAUCAGCACAGCGGAUAGAAAACCAAACGAAGGAGAAGAAGAUAAUUUCCAAAGUGUUGUGCAAAAAUAAUUAAGUUUUCUUCCAUUGAGAAAAUGUCCUUGAAAAUAAGUGAACAUUUAAGCAAUCCACUUAAAGCCAGCUCCAGGACACCAUCACCUGCAUCGUCGCCCACAAAUUUAGUUGCCAAAUUGCCACAAAUCAUGCAACAUCAUCAGCAUCAGCAACACCAGCAGCAACAACAGCAGGCGACGGCAGUGCAACAAAAUAAUUCUCCAGCAACAACAACCACAAUGGUGGUCUCAUCUAAAACUCCUUUUUCCAUAGAACAUAUUUUGUGUCAAAAUUUAAAUAAUAACAACAGUAGUGCUCAAAAUAACAACAACAAUAAUAAUGUUAGUAGUGCAACAAAAUUAAAAUCAAAUACAAAUUCUAAAACAUCACAGAAACCACCAUCUAAUAAUCAUGACUCAAAUAGCAAUAACAACAACAACAACCAUCCAAGUGAUAAAUUAAAAUCAUCCACAACCUCACUGCCAUCUGGAAAUUACAAUAAUCAUACGACAAACAAACAUGCUGAAGAUUAUCAAAGGAUUAUACAAAGAGAAAGAUCCCUCAAAUCCGGAGAACGUCAUACGGUCGCAACCACAACAGAUGCGAGCAACACAACAGCGUCUCAAGUGACCACAACCCCAGUAGCCACCUCCCAAACGUCUUCAUUGCAGCAGCCGCAACAGCAUAACUAUCCAGCAACACCACAGCCACAUCAUCCACAACCGACGGUAAUGACAACGCCAUCGACGCACCCACAUGCACCGCCACCACCACCGCCCAGCAGUGUUUUAUAUCCCAGUGCUGCCUACAGUGAUCAUGGUUUCCUACAAAUGACAUUGGGCUACUUAUCACCCUCAUCAGGGGCAUACAAAUCGGUGGAUCCCUAUUUUCUAUCGCAAGCUGGUCUAUUUGGUGGUGGCCAUUUAUUUGCCGGCGGUUGCAUGCCUGAAUUGGCCUUGGGUCUGGGCAUGGGUGUGAAUGCUUUGCGUCAUUGUCGCAGACGCAAGGCACGCACUGUCUUCAGUGACCCUCAACUUUCGGGUUUGGAAAAACGCUUUGAGGCGCAACGUUAUUUAUCGACACCCGAACGUGUUGAAUUGGCCACAUCGUUGGGUUUGAGUGAAACCCAAGUGAAAACUUGGUUUCAAAAUCGUCGCAUGAAACACAAGAAACAGCUGCGGCGACGGGAUGUAAUGAACGAACCAGUUGACUUUUCACGUUCAGAUGGAUCGGGGAGCGGUGCAAAUGGCAGUGGGGGUGGUGGUAAUAAUAAAAAUGGCUCCUUAACAUCGUCAGGCUCAUCAUCAGCAUCUUCGGUAUCAUCGCAAAUUUCAUUGAGCAAUGGCGGCAGUUCUGCAACAAAUGGAAAUGCGGCCAUUGGUUUGAGUGAAUCGAACAAAACAGCAUUACAUUCAAAUAAUAACCCAUCAUCUGGCGCCCAACAUAAUCAUCAUGCCCAACAGCAGCAUCCUCAUCAUCAUCAGCCACACCAGUUACAACAUGCGGGAAAUCCCCAUCAUCAUCAGCACCACCAUCAGUUACAAAUGUUGCGCAGUAUAUCCUCCAAUGGCCAUGCUCUCACAGACAACCAAGCAGCUGGAGGUGGAGGCGGUGGUGUUGCUUUCAUACACAAUGACUAUUCCACCGAUGAUUAUUCCGAUUUAGAAGAUGAGGAUAUGGAUGAUGAUGGCGAAGGCAGUGAUGUCGAUAUUGUCGGUGAUACAAAAUCAUUGUAUCAUUUAACGUAAUAUUUAGGGGCCAACAAUGCCGGCGGUGGCCUCGGCAGAGGUGGUAAUGAAUAUCGUAGAUAUUUUUAAAUUGCAAUAGUAUUUGUAAAUAUAAAUGUAGUGUAAGUGAAUUUAGAGUUCUCUUCAUUGUCUCUUGAAGAGAGAAUAAUAUUUAUGUUUUUGCAAACGUAUGAUUAAUAAUAAUUUUUAUAUAAUUUA